UGGCAUGCCCCGGGAAUGGGCAUCCGUGCCUACAAUGUUCGUUGAGAACAAUCACAACUAAAAUAAACACUAAAUUUCUGCAAAUGACAGUGAUCAAGCAGAGCAAAAAAAAAAAAAAGAAAUUCCAAUAGACCCUUCACUAUCAGCCCCGAUUCAUUCCUUCAUCUUGUCUUCUCCAUCUUCUCCGUCUUCGUCCCCGAAGUCCUGGUCCUCAGGAAUUGUACGCAGCCGUUCGAAUAAGUCAGAUAGCUCUAGAAUGGGGACUGAUUCCGCCACCGUUGCUACGGGUGAUUACCGUAGCCCCGUCGUUCGAAAACAUCAAUUCCGAGGGGUUCUAUUCAAGUAUGGUCCAAAUGCUAUCCAGGUUGCAUUUAGGACCGGUGACCACAAACGUCAAGUCAUUUUUAUUGGUGGAUUAACCAAUGGUUUUCUUGCUACUUCAUAUUUAGAACCUCUGGCAGUGGCUCUAGACCGUGAAAAUUGGUCGGUUAUUCAGUUUCUUAUGUCAUCUUCAUAUAGUGGAUAUGGCACCUCCGGCUUGCAACAAGAUGCUAAGGAGUUGGAUCUGCUAAUUAAUUAUUUAAUUGACGUAGAAGAUUCUGAAGGCGUGAUACUGCUUGGACAUAGUACCUGCUGUCAGGAUGCCAUUUAUUACAUGAGUACAAAUGCUGCUUGCAGCCGAGCUGUUCAUGCCGCUAUCUUUCAGGCUCCAGUCAGUGACAAGGAAUAUCAAGCUGCUCUUCCUCAUGCUGCUUCUAUGACUGAAUUGGCUGCUAAAAUGAUAAGUGAAGGCCGAAGUUCAGAGUUAAUGCCGAGGGAUGCUGAUCCUAAUAGCCCAAUAACUGCCCACAGGUAUAACUCACUUUGUUCAUAUAAUGGAGAUGAUGACAUGUUCAGCUCUGACCUGAGUGAUGAGCAGUUGAAGACGAGACUUGGGCACAUGUCUUGCACGCAGUGCCAGGUUAUAUUUUCAAUGUCGGAUGAAAAUGUGCCAGACAAUGUUGAUAAGAAAUUACUGGUGGAGCGAUUAUGCAGGGCAAUGGGAGGAGCAGAGAAAGUAGAGAUUGAGAAUGGGAAUCAUUCGCUGUCUAAUAGAGUUGAAGAAGCUUCCAAUGCUAUUAUUGACUUCAUCAAGAGGGAGGGGCCUAAGGGCUGGGACGAUCCAUGGACAUAAUCUAGUUGCUCGUCACUCUUCAUCACAGAGAAUAACAGGGAACGUGUCUGGGAAAUAAGUGCUUUCACAUCAAAAGGAAUUUUUGGUGCAAGUCAUCCCUUUUAAUUGCUCACUGAAUGGUGAAUCGCCAGUCACGGUUCAUUUGUUUUUAAAGACAAGCCCGGGGAUCUAAAAUCGUAGGAGGGAAGCAACCUAAGCAACAGCAGUAGGCAGGCAGGGCACAUUCCUUUGGUUGGUCCUGAACCAAAUUGUGUGCCUGUGCAGAAAAGAAUUAUAUGAAGAUGAGUUGUACUGUUUUGGUUUAUAGUAAUCUGACUUUUUUCUAUGAAUUUGGAUAUUAUAUAUAGAUCGUGCGAUGUUGACAUCAGAAACAAAAUUGGAAUUUGGAAGAUGGCAGCUGAGGGGUGAUGUGUUGGGGUUGCUGAUUUCCACCAUGCUAAAAACCUUGAUUAAAUUACUUUUAAGCCUCACAAAACAUUCAAAAAUAUCCUGAAAUUUAUUGAUAACUUGAAUUGCUGUCCAACUUUUGAUUAAAUUAGAGAUGAGGAAUGAAUAUUGUGGAGGAGAAUUGGAGAACUCAAAAGCAGGGGCAUCUAUGCAUGUGCUGGUGCAGACUCUCUGUCCCUUGCCAAUGCUAUCCACGUAUACAUGUCAUUGUCAAGCCGUGUUAUUAACUUAUUAUUCAGUAAACGAACCAUUGGU